AUGGAGAAGGCGCCUGCUGCCGCCUCCCCCCCCCGGACAGAGACGCUCCCCGCGGCCCCCCUGCCAGGCUCCCCUGCUCCCCAGCUGGGCCCCCCGCAGCCCAGGGAAGCGAUGGAGUGUGGGGAGGAGGAGGGGAUGGACACGGCAGGGGGCGAGGCGGGGUCCCUGGCCAGCCCUGCGGAGGAUGGCGCCCAGCCCACCCCAGCUGUGGCCCUGGGGCCGUUCCCAGGCUUGGCGGGGGAGGAAGAGGAGGAGGCAGCUGCUGGGCUGGAGCAGGCAGGGCCCGGGGGGAGGGGCUCUCCCCAACUGAGUGAGGACGGGCUGGAGGAGAGCCGGGGCCGGGGGGACCCUGAGUCCAGCCAGACCCCGGUCAGCUUCACCAGCGAGCCUAAGGGGUCCCCCAUGCUGCUGGAGCCCGAGGAGCUGGGCCCAGCCACCCCGAUGGAGGUGUAUGGGACGGGCGGGAAGCUGCUGGAGCGUGGGGAGGAAGUGGGCCCCGAGCCCCCCAUCCUGCGGCCCCGUCCCACCCUCAUCAAGUCAGACAUCGUCAACGAGAUCUCCAACCUGAGCCAGGGCGACACCAGGAGCAGCUUCCCCGGCUCGGAGCCCCUGCUGGGCUCUCCGGACCCCGAGGGCGGGGGCUCGCUCUCCAUGGAGCUGGGCAUGACCUCCACCGACAGCCUGCAGAAGGACGACGCCGGCUCCCUGCCCCACUGCACCGACUCGCUGGCCGAGACGGACGACUCGCUGCUCUUCGAGCCAGGCGCUGGGGCCAAGGGCGAGGGGGAGAAGGGGCGUCGGCGCAGCUCGCCGGGGCGCUCCCGUGUCAAGCAGGGUCGCAGCAGCAGCUUCCCGGGGAGGAGGCGCCCCCGAGGCGGGACCCAGGGGGGCCGGGGCCGGGGCCGAGCUCGGCUGAAGUCGACCACCUCGUCCAUUGAGACCCUCGCGCUAGCGGAUAUCGACAGCUCCCCCAGCAAGGAGGAUGACGAAGAGGAGGAUGACACCAUGCAGAACACCGUGGUGCUUUUCUCCAACACGGACAAGUUCGUCCUCAUGCAGGACAUGUGCGUGGUGUGCGGCAGCUUCGGGCGCGGGGCGGAGGGGCACCUGCUGGCCUGUUCCCAGUGCUCGCAGUGCUACCACCCCUACUGCGUCAACAGCAAGAUCACCAAGGUGAUGCUGCUGAAGGGCUGGCGCUGCGUGGAGUGCAUCGUCUGUGAGGUGUGCGGAAAGGCCUCGGACCCCUCGCGCCUGCUGCUUUGUGACGACUGCGACAUCAGCUACCACACCUACUGCCUGGACCCGCCGCUGCACACCGUGCCCAAGGGCGGCUGGAAGUGCAAGUGGUGCGUGUGCUGCGUGCAGUGUGGGGCGGGCUCCCCUGGAUUCCACUGUGAGUGGCAGAACAACUACACGCACUGCGCCCCCUGCGCCAGCCUUGUCACCUGCCCCGUCUGCCGGGUGAAGUACGUGGAGGACGACCUGCUCAUCCAGUGCAGGCACUGCGACCGGUGGCUCCAUGCUGUGUGCAACAAUCUCUUCACGGAGGAGGAGGUGGAACAGGCGGCAGACGAGGGCUUCGACUGCAGCUCCUGCCAGCCCUACGUGGUCAAGCCAGUCGUUCCAGUCGCCCCCCCAGAGAUUAUCCCAGUGAAGAUCAAGGAGCCGGAGCCCCAGUAUUUCCGCUUCGAAGGCGUCUGGCUGACGGAGACGGGCAUGGCCGUGCUGCGCAACCUGUCCAUGUCCCCCCUGCACAAGCGCAGGCAGCGCAAGACCCGGCUGGGCACCCUGAAUGGGGAGGGGGGCCUGGAGGGGGGCGACCCCCUGGGCACGGACGAGAAGAAGGACGGGGAUCUGGACGGGGACGACCUGCUGAAGGGUGAAGUGGGCGUGGAGCACAUGGAGUGUGAGAUCAAGCUGGAAGCUGCCGCCAGCCCCGACCGGGACGGAGGGGCUGACGUGGACUCGGGGAAGGGGCUGGAGGAUUCGGAGGAGUGCAAGAAGAGGAAGCGGAAGCCCUACCGCCCCGGGAUUGGCGGGUUCAUGGUGCGGCAGCGGAAGUCCCAUACGCGGCUGAAGAAGGGCUCGGCAGCACUGGUGGAGGCAUGUCGCGAGGUGCUGAGCGCCGAGGGGCACCCGGAGGACGGGGCGCCGGCGGAGAUCCCAGCGGAGGGCGCUGCGGAGCAGGGCGCCACGGAGGGGGACGAGAAGAAGAAACGCCGAGGCAGGAAGAAGAGCAAGUUGGAGGAUAUGUUCCCUGCCUACCUCCAGGAAGCGUUCUUCGGGAAGGCGCUCAUGGACCUGAGCCGGAAGGCCCUGCUGGCCGCAGGGGGUGUGGGGGAUGGAGCUGCCUGCCCCCCCUUUGGCCAGGGUGCUCCCAGACCCAGGGUGGAGCCUGGGGUGCCCGGAAUACUCCAGAGGGUGCCUGGAGAUGGGAAGGAGACCCCUGCCCAUCUGAAAGGGGACGACAGCAUGGACAGCAGCGCCCUGGUGGCCCAAGAGGAGGACCCGAAAGGGGCGGAAGCGAAGGCUGAGGACCCAGGGGCAGAGGAGCCGAAAGGUUCUCCGGAUCCUGGGGACAGCGAGAAGCCGGCGACGCCCGGCGAGGGUGCCCUGAGCUCCGACCUUGACAAGAUCCCCACAGAAGAAUUGCCUAAGAUGGAGAGCAAAGACAUCCAGCAGCUCUUCAAGGAUGUGCUGGGCUCUGCUGAGCGAGAGCAGCAGCUGAACUGCGUGGCGGCAGGGAUGGAGGCCGGCAUGGGAGGGCGAGACCCCAACCGAGCGCAGCUCUCCCAGAGGCCCUUCCUGCAAGGGAGUGUUUCUCUGGGCGCUCUCUCCUCCGCUGUCCCCAUAGAGUCCUACUCGGGAGUCUGCCAGUCCCCGUUCCUCGAUAACAGGGAGAGAAGCGGCUUCUUCAGCCCAGACCACUGCGAGCCCGAGAGCCCCUGGGCCAGCAGCUCGGCUGCCACCACCCCCUCCACACCCACCACCCCGACCACGGAGGGUGAGGGGGAUGGGCUCUCCUACAACCAGCGGAGCCUACAGCGCUGGGAGAAGGACGAGGAGUUGGGCGAGCUGUCCACCAUUUCGCCCGUCCUCUAUGCCAACAUGAACUUCCCCAGCCUCAAGCAGGAUUACCCAGACUGGUCCAGCCGCUGCAAACAGAUCAUGAAGCUCUGGAGAAAGGUCCCAGCCCCGGACAAAGCCCCCUACUUGCAAAAGGCCAAAGAUAACCGGGCGGCUCAUCGCAUCAACAAGGUGCAGAAGCAGGCCGAGAGCCAGAUCAACAAGCAGACCAAAGGGGAGGUGCUGCGCAAGCCUGAGAGACCCUCACUGCACCUGAGGAUCCCGCCCCAGCAGGGGGCGCUGCCUGGUGCUGCGGGGCAGCCCGUCUACAUCAAUAGCCCGGUGGCCCUGCCCUGCUCCGCAGACGGGUUCCUGAAGUCCCCUGCUGGCGCCGAAGCAGCGGCUGAGUCCAGCGAGCUCUUCCUCAAGCUUCCUUCCCAGUCCCCAGCCCAAGUGCCUUCGCACGACCCCUACAGCUACCCGCUGGAGCCCCGCUUCCCCUCGCCCCUGGGCCAGAGCCCCACAGCCGGAGCUGCCUUCCAGCCCUUCCCCACACAACAACAGCAGCUCCUGCCCACUCCCCGGCCGGCCCUGGGCCCCCAGCCUCCGGAGUUCCACCCCACCUCCCCCGGGACCCCCCGGCACCAGCCCUCCACCCCAGACCCCUUCCUGAAACCACGCUGCCUCAGUGGCUCUCUGGACAACCUGUCGGUGCCGGGGAGCCCCGGGGCCAGGCCCCCCGAGCCCCUGCUCUCGCCCCCUCCCUUCGGGGAGCAGAAGAGGAGCCUGGAGGCUGGGGGGCUGCAGGUGAAGAAGGAGGAAGGGGGCCCGGGAGUGUGUUCUCCUGGCUACAUGGCCGCCAUGGGCUACGCCGACUCCCCGUCCCACCUCUCCUCCGCCGAGCUGAAGGCAGCCGAUGUGUUCAAAGCCCCCCUGACCCCACGGGUCUCUCAGGUAGAGCCACAGAGCCCAGGGCUGGCACAUCCCCACCCCCAGGCUCUGGCCCCCUCACCUCCCAGCCACCCCGAUCUCUACAGGCAGUCGCCCUCCAUGUCCUGCUACUCGGACCCCUAUGCCCAGCCCCCCCUGACGCCCCGGCCACAGCCCCCCGACAGCUGCUGCGCCCUGCCCCCCAGGUCCUUGCCUUCUGACCCCUUCUCCCGCGUCCCUGCCAGCCCGCAGUCCCAGUCUAGCUCCCAGUCCCCUCUUACCCCCCGGCCGCUCUCCAAUGAGGCUUGCUGCCAGUCACCCGUCACCCCUCGCUUCCAGUCACCCGACCCCUACUCCAGACCCCCCUCGCGCCCCCAGUCCCGGGACCCCUUUGCCCCCCUGCACAAGCCCCCACGGCCCCAAAUGCCUGACUCCGGCUUCAAAUCGAUCCCAAUCUCCCACAAUCCCCCAGCUGGCGGUGGCUUCCCUCCGGCCCAGCCCAGUGACCCCCACUCCAAGGGGCCGGGGAGCCAGCAGCCCCCCUUCGCCCGCUCCCCUGGAGCCAGCGUCUUCCCUGGCGCCCAGGCCCAGAUGCGGUUCACCUUCCCCUCAGCUGUCUCGGAGCCCCUCAAGGGUUCCCCCUCCCACCAGCCCCACGGGAUGAACAGCCAUUUUGCCUCUAGCCAGCCCAUGGGCAAGCCCCAAAGCGCCAACUAUGCCUCUUCGCCCGGCUUCCACCAGGCCGGUAGCCCCCUGGGGCCUGGCAACUGCCCUGCUGAGACCUACAGCCUCUCUCCCUUGCGGCCCCCCUCGGUGCUGCCGCAGCAGCCCCCCCACCCCCAGCAGCAGCAGGACAGCUCCCUGACCUACCUGCCCCGAGCCGGGAUGGCGCCGCCAGCUGACAAGCGGGACGAGGUGGUGUCGGGGAUCUCUGCUCUCCCCGGCCGGGAGCUGCCCGAACUGCCAGUCAGCCAGGAGGGCGCCGUCAGCAGCAUCAGCCAGUCGGAGCUGGAGAAGCAGAGGCAGCGCCAGAGACUCCGCGAGCUCCUCAUCCGCCAGCAAAUCCAGAGGAACAACCUGCGGCAGGAGAAGGAGAGCGCGGCCGCCGCCACCAGCUCCUCCCAGGCAGCGUGGAGCGCCGAAGCCAGCAGCCAGGCCUUCGAGCAGCUCAGGGGCCUGGCACCCUACCAGCCAGCACAGGACAAGAGCGCCCUCGGGAAUCUGCCCGCAGCCCCCGGCAGCAGCAAACUCUCCGGGCCAGCCAUGGUGCCCGCGGCCUUCGCACCGGACGAACGGCUUUCCCGCCCGCCUCCCGCCGCCACGCCCUCCGCCAUGGACCUCAACGGCAGGCCGUCGGUGGGAGCCCCCCAGACCUUCUUCCCACGCGGCAUGUUCCAGGGGCCCUCACCACAGCAGCAGCAGAUGUGGCAGCAGCAGCAGGCGGCGGCCGUGCGGCUCCCCGGCCCCGCCCGCUUCCAGCAACCCCCUGGCCAUGAGCUCAGCCGGCCAGCGCUGGGGGGCCUGGCUGGGCGCAUGGCGGGCCCUGCCGAGCAGAUCCCGUCCUCGCCCGGCGCCGUGGGGGCCCAAUUCAUUGAGCUGCGGCACAACGCCCAGAAGGGGGCAGCCGGGGGCAUGGGCUCCCCCUUUGCCCAGCAGGGCCCCCCGGCCAGACCACGCUUCUUCCUGCCUGGCGACGAGAGCUCCAGCCAGGCCCUGCGUGCCUCCGUCAUGCCUCUGCCAGCCCCAGUCCUGCAGCCCCAGAAGCUGCCGGCCCCUCGGCCGCCCUCCGCUACUUCCCCGCAGGGGGCUGAGCGGAGCCACCAGCCUCCCCCCAAAAGCGGCCCUCCGGUGCCCCCGCCUCCCAGCGGCCUGGAACUGCAGCAUGGCCCACCCCGCCCUCUGUCGUCAUCCUCCGGCUCUGGCCUGCGUCCUGACGGCCCCAAGGACGGCCCUGCCAUGGAGCCCCCGCUGGCUCCGGUCCCGGCUCCAGCUCCCAGCAAGAGCCACCUGGCGCUGGAGGGUGGGCGGCUCCCGUGCGAGGUGCCGGUGGAGCCUGACCUGGACGACGACUUCGACUCCCACAAGGACCUGGAGGAUGACGACCUGGCCAACCUGAGCCUGGACCCGGACGUGGCCAAGGGGGACGACGACCUGGGCAACCUGGACAACCUGGAGACCAACGACCCCCACCUGGACGACCUGCUGAAUGGCGAUGAGUUCGACCUGCUGGCCUACACCGACCCCGAGCUGGACACAGGCGACAAGAAGGACAUCUUCAACGAGCACCUGCGCCUGGUGGAGUCGGCCAACGAGAAGGCCGAGCGCGAGGCCCUGCUCAAGAGGGAGCCAGCUGGGCCCUGCCCCAAGGGCCCCGGGGAGCCCAAGGAGCUGGCACCCCCCAGGGAGGGGCUGCCGCCCGCCCCCUGCCCCUCCAGCACGGCACCGGCUCCCCACCCAACCUUCAAGGCCCAGGCCAGCAUCCUGGAAGCCAAGCCGGCCUCCCUGCCGUCCAGCGUCCAGCCCAAGCUGGAGGAAGGCUGCCUGAAGACAUCCCCCUGUCAGUUCAACACUGGCGCCUCUGACCGCCUCCCGGUCCCCAUCAAGUCAGAGGCCCUCCAGGGGGCCGAGAAAAUGGCUGCCUCCCUAGGCCUGACCCUCAAACCUGGCCAGAACCUGCUGAGUGCCGGAGCGGGGCCCGUGCGGCUCGGCACAGCCCCCUUCCCUAACAACGGCCAAGCUGCCACCUCUGGCUCAGACAAGGGCCCCUACGCCGCCCCGGGCUGCGGGCUGGCACCCGGCCAGAGCCCUGCCCUGCUGGAGCUGGAUGGAGGGGCCUUGGGCCUGGCCAACGCCCAGCACUCGCACGCUGACGACCUGGAGAAGAUGGAGAGCUCCCUGGUGGCCAGCGAGCUGCCCCUGCUCAUCGAGGACCUGCUGGAGCACGAGAAGAAGGAGCUGCAGAAGAAGCAGCAGAUGUCGGCCCACCUGCCGGGGGGGGCCCAGCACCUCCAGCCUGUGCAGCAGCAGCACUCCAUACUGGCUCACCCUGCAGGGCCGGCCCAGCCCCCAGACGGGCAGGCUCCCCGUCUGGUGGGGCCCCAGCAACAGCUGCAGCUGGGCCUCAUCGCCAGGCAGCAGAACCUGGUGCCCACCCAACAGCUAAUGACGCAGCAGCAGCGGGUGGUGGGACCCCAGCAGGGCCAGGUGCUGGCCCCACACAUGGCGAUGGCGCAGCCCCAGCCCCAGCCCCACGUCCUUGCGGCCCAGCACGGCGUCCAGCCGGCGCUGACCCCACAGCCGAACCAGCAGCAGGUGCUGGUGCAGAAGCAGAUACCUGGGGUGCAGCCGACCCCCAUGGGCAUGAAACCCCAGCAGCUCGUCAUGCAGCAGCAACAGCAGCAAUUGGCCAACAGCUUCUUCCCCGACACAGACCUGGAUAAGUUUGCGGCCGAGGACAUCAUGGACCCCAUCGCCAAGGCGAAGAUGGUGGCGCUGAAGGGCAUCAAGAAGGUGAUGGCUCAGGGAAGCAUUGGGGUGGCCCCUGGGAUGAACAGGCAACAGGUGUCCCUGCUGGCUCAGCGGCUCUCGGGGGCCACAGCCGCGGCCGAAAUGCAGAACCACGUCCCAGCUGGGAGCGGACAGGAGCGAAGUGGCAGCGACCCAUCUCAGACCCGCCCCAACCCACCCACCUUCGCUCAGGGCGUCAUCAACGAGGCCGACCAGCGGCAGUACGAGGAGUGGCUCUUCCACACCCAGCAGCUCCUGCAGAUGCAGCUGAAGGUGCUGGAGGAGCAGAUCGGCGUGCACCGCAAGUCCCGCAAGGCCCUGUGCGCCAAGCAGCGCACGGCCAAGAAGGCCGGCCGCGAGUUCCCCGAGGCCGACGCGGAGAAGCUCAAGCUGGUGACGGAGCAGCAGAGCAAGAUCCAGAAGCAGCUGGACCAGGUUCGGAAGCAGCAGAAGGAGCACACCAACCUGAUGGCCGAAUACCGCAACAAGCAGCAGCAGCACCAGCAGAGCUCCGCCGUUAUGGCCCUGAGCCCCUCGCAGAGCCCCCGGCUCAUGGCCAAGCUCCCGGGCCAGCUGCUCUCCGCCCAUGGUGUCCAGCAACAGCUCCCCCAGCAAACUGGGGCCAUGGUGGGGGCACAAGGCCUGGGCCAGCAGCCCAACCAGCUGGCAGGGCAAGCAGGCAACGUGCGCUUGCCCCAGGGCGGCGUCUCCAUGGCGGUCCAGCAGGGCCUGUCCUUCAUGGGCCAGCAGCAGCUGGGAAACGCAGCCGUCCCCGGCACGUCCAACAGCUUCUUCCCCGGGAAUCCCGCGCUCCGGGGGCUGGCCACCGACAACCGGCUGAUGCAGGAGAGGCAGUUGCAGAGGAUGCAGCUGGCUCAGAAACUGCAGCAGCAAAGCAUGCUGGGACAGGUGUCACUGCAGCAGCAGCAGCAAAGCAUGCUGGGACAGGUGUCACUGCAGCAGCAGCAGCAAAGCAUGCUGGGACAGGUGUCACUGCAGCAGCAGCAGCAAAGCAUGCUGGGUCAGGUGUCGCAACAGCAGCAGCAGCAAAGCAUGCUGGGUCAGGUGUCGCAACAGCAGCAGCAAAGCAUGCUGGGUCAGGUGUCGCAACAGCAGCAGCAGCAAAGCAUGCUGGGACAGGUGUCGCAACAGCAGCAGCAGCAAAGCAUGCUGGGACAGGUGUCGUCACUGCAGCAGCCCCCUGCUCCCCAGCAGGGCAGUGGGGGGCAGCCCAUGGUUCCGAAGCAGCAGGGGAUCCUGGUCCAGCAGCUCUCGCCUCAGCCGCAGCCAGGGAUGAUGGGGCACUCCCAGGUGUCCAUGCUGCAGCAUCAGGGCGUCGCGGGCCACCAGAACCCCCCGAGGCAGGUGCUGUUAGCGCCCCACCAGCAGAGGGUGCUGGGCUCGCCUCAGCUGGUGCAGCAAACUCACGGCCUCAUGGGCCACCGGCUGAUUUUAUCGCCAGCGCAGCAGCAGCAGGCGGGACUUCUGGGCCAGUCACGGACUUUGCUGACCCAGCAGCAGCAGCAGCAGAGCUCUAUAGCACAGCAUCCGGCCCUGCUGGGGCAGGGGCAGGCCGCCCAGCCGGCCCUGCUGGGGCAGGGGCAGGGGCAGGGGCAGGCUGCCAAGCAGCAGAUCCAGCACUUUCCACAGCAUGGGGCCCUGGGCCAGUCCCCCUCCAUGCUGCACUUGAGUCAGGGAGCUCAGCCAGCCCCGCAGGGCACGGCCGCCAAGGAGCAGCAGGGAGGGGCAGAGAGCGCUGUGCUGCCCCCAGAGGGUGCCGAGGGCAGGGGGCAGCAUCAGGUUCAGCUGUCGGCCGCUGUGGGUGGGCCGGGCAGCCAGGACCUCGGGGGGCAGCCGCACAUGGGCACUCAGGAGCAGCAGGGCAUUCAGAACCUCAAUCCCCUGGCACUGGCCAGCCAGGAGCAGCUGGCGCCCCUGGGCGGAGAGCAGCAGCCGCAGAAACACCAGCCCGAGCUGGGGCAGCAGCAGCCCCGCCCGCUGCCCUCCCCGCAGCAGACCAUGGCGAGCUCCCUGCAGCUGCAGCCGCCGCAGCGAAUGCAGGGGGGCCUGCAGCAAAGCAACCUGCUUCAUCCACCACUGCAGAACAGCGGGGGGCUGGCGCAGCUGGGGGGCACCAUGAGGCCAGAGCAGCCGCACUCGGACCCUGCCCAGGGGCCUCACUUGCUGGCCCCGCCGAGCUCAGGGGCAGAACAGCAACAGCAGCCCGGGAGCAUGACGAGCCAGGGGCAAAGCAUCAUGGUCCAGCUGCCGCCGCCGCAAAGGAUUGUGGGCCAACCGCCAGCACAAAGCCUAGAACAGCAAGCGAAAGGGCUGGUGAGCCAGCUGCAGACGACAGUGGGCCAGCGGCUGCCGAGCCCGGCGGGGCAGCACAAGGCCGGGCUGAUGGGGCAGCCGCAGCAGAGCAUGCUGGUCCCGCAGGUGUCCCAUGCACAGAGCAUCCUGAGCCAGGUGUCCGCUCCCGUGAUGGGCCAAAUCCGAGCUCAGCUGCAAGGCGUCAUCUCCAAAAACCCGCAGCUGCGGCACCUCACCCCGCAGCAGCAGCAGCAGCUGCAGGCCUUCCUGGUGCAGCGCCACCAGCAGAGCCUGCUGCAGCAGAACCAGGCGCUGAGGCAGGCCAGCCCCUUCCCGGGGCAGGCCCAGGCCUCCGUCGAGCAGGGGCCACACCCCCCCUCAGCCCUGCAGGCCUCCAUGGUGCGCCAGCAACCGAGGCAGCCGGGGACAGUGUUCCAGGUCCGGCCAGCCGGCCCCUCCGUUGCUGCCGAGCAGAUGCAGCCAGGGUUUGUCAUGGAGCAGGCAUCCGCCGGCCAGCAGAGAGUGCCGCUGAGCGCCCCCCAACAGCCGCUGGCGGAGCUGGUGCACACGGCGCUGGCAGGACGUAGUCCCCAGCAGGGGGUGCUCAGACUCUCUGCCCCACCGGCAGCUGCCCCGGUCCAGCCGCCCAUGAGCAUGGUGAGCCUGGGCUCUGUGCAUCAGCACCCCCCACCCAGCCGGGAACAGAGCCCCCAAGAGCCAAAGGAAGCCUCCCCGCCCACCCUGGCCAGGCCGCCCAGUGUGGCACAGAGCCCCGGGGCACAGCCCGAGCACAGGCUGACGCCCACCCAGAACAGCCUCCUGGCGGAGCCGGUGCCCGCGGUCCCAAAGCCUCCCCCCAGCCAAACAGGGGAGGAGUCCUUUGCCGGGACCCCUGGCCACUGGGAGUCGGCAGCGCAGGGUCCCCACUCCUCUCCCAGCAUGGAGCCCACGGAUGGAUCGAGAAAGCCACCGGCCGGGAGUCAAGUCAACGGGCAGGGGGUAGAAAGGCCAGGCCCACAGGCCUCUCCUCUGCAAGGGGGGGCCCUGCCAGCCCAGGCCCCCGGGCUCUGCAUCAAGCAGGAGCCCAAGGAGGAGACGGCGCAGUGCGUGCUGGGCGGGGGCCAGGCUGUGAAACGCGAGGCCAACGGGGAUCCGGCGCCCGCCCCAGCCAACAAUCUACUGAUGGGCAGCCAGCUGCUGGCGGGCGCCAGGUCUGAGGCCGGGCACCUGCUGCUGCAGAAGCUGCUGCGGGCCAAGAACGUGCAGCUGGCGUCGCAGCGCUCCGCCGAGGGGCUGCGCUCCGAGGUCAACGGGCACAGCGAGGGCAAGCUCUCGGGGCUGGAGCAGAGGCUGCAGGCGGCUCCCCCUGGCCGAGAGGAUCCCUCCGCCAGCAAGAAGCCUCCGGCCCCGAAGCCCAAACGGGCCCAGAAGAGCGGGGAGCGGGUGGCCGCCUCCCGCAAGAAGCUGCGCAAGGAGGAUGGGCUCAAAUCCAGCGAGGCCCUAAUGAAGCAGCUGAAGCAGGAGUUCUCCCUGCUGCCCCUGGUGGAACCCACCAUCACGGCCAACUUCAGCCUCUUCGCGCCCUUCGGCAGCAGCCCCAUCAACGGCAAGAGCCAACUGAAGGGGGCGUUCGGCAGCGCCGUGCUGGACAGUGUCCCCGACUACUACACCCAGCUGCUCACCAAGAACAACCUGAGCAACCCGCCCACCCCGCCCUCCUCGCUGCCCCCCACCCCACCCCCCUCCGUGCAGCAGAAGAUGGUGAACGGCGUCACCUCCUCGGAGGAGCUGGCCGAGCAGCCCAAGGAGCCGGACCAGGCCCGGGAAGCCGAAGGCCGGAAGGACGCGCCAGCCGUGGAGGUGAAGAGCCUGGACCUGCUGGCGGCCCUGCCCACGCCCCCGCACAACCAGACCGAGGACGUGAGGAUGGAGAGCGACGAGGAGAGCGACUCCCCCGACAGCAUUGUUCCCGCCUCGUCCCCAGAGAGCGUCCUGGGCGAGGAGCUGCCCCGCUUUCCCCCGCUGGCCGAGGUGAAGCUGGAGCUGCCGGAGCGGGUGCUGUCGCCCGUCAUCCCCAUCAUCCCCAGGGCCAGCAUCCCAGUGUUCCCUGACCCCAGGCCCCCCGAGGCGCGGGAGGCCUUCGGGGAGCACGGCGGGAAGGUGGCCCUGGCGCAGGGCGUCGCAUGGGAGAAGGGGAAAGGCAGCGAAGUCUCCGUCAUGCUGACCGUCUCGGCCGCAGCUGCUAAGAACCUGAACGGCGUCAUGGUGGCCGUGGCCGAGCUGCUCCGCGUGAAGAUCCCCAGCUCCUACGAGGUGCUGUUCCCCGAGAGCCCGGUGCGGGGCUCCGGGCCUGAGGCCAAGAAGGUGGAGACGGACGGGGCUGGUGGGCUCGGCAGCAAGGCCAGGGCGGCACUGGCAGGGAAAGCCCCCGACGCUGGCACCGAGUGGCUGAAGCAGUUUGAUGCCAUGCUGCCGGGGUACAGCCUCAAGAAUGAGCUGGACAUCCUGACGCUGCUCAAACAGGAGAACCCGGGGCUGGAGAAGGCCGUGCAGCACUGCUACGUGAACAACGUCUCCAACCUGGACGUGCGUCAGCUCUCCAUCCUGCCCCAGGAGCCGUCCCCGCCCCUGUCCCCCCUCGUCCCCUCCCCUGCCAGCCCCGCCGACGGGGACAGGAUCCCAGAGGCACCCCCUGAGGUGGCCCCCGCGCCCCCCUCCCCGCCAGCCCUCUCCCCGCCCUCCAAGGAGGAGGCGGCGCGCUCGCCGCCCAAGCUCAAGCAGCGCUCGCGGCCCCCGGAGGAGGGAGAGGAGCCCCGGCCCCGGCUCAAGAAGUGGAAGGGAGUGCGGUGGAAGCGGCUCCGCUUCCUUAUUACCAUCCAGAAGGGCGGCGCCAAGCAGGACGGCGAGAAGGAGAUCUCCGAGUUCAUCGAGAAGCUGGGCACCACCCUGCGGCCCGAGAAGGUGCCCCGGGACCUGCGCAAGUGCUGCUUCUGCCACGAGGAGGGGGAUGGUGCCACCGACGGGCCCGCCCGCCUCCUCAACCUUGACCUGGACCUCUGGGUGCACCUGAACUGCGCCCUGUGGUCCAGUGAGGUGUACGAGACGCAGGGCGGGGCGCUGAUCAACGUGGAGGGGGCACUGCACCGCGGGCUGCUCACCAAGUGCUCCCUGUGCCAGAAGACGGGCGCCACCAACAGCUGCAACCGCAUCCGCUGCCCCAGCGUCUACCACUUCGCCUGCGCCAUCCGGGCCAAGUGCAUGUUCUUCAAGGACAAGACCAUGCUGUGCCCGCUGCACAAGCUCAAAGGCCCCUGCGACCAGGAGCUCAGCACCUUCACCGUCUUCCGGCGCGUCUACAUCGAGCGCGACGAGGUCAAGCAGAUCGCCAGCAUCAUCCAGCGCGGCGAGCGCCUCCACAUGUUCCGCGUGGGCGGCCUGCUCUUCCACGCCAUCGGCCAGCUGCUGCCCCACCAGAUGGGCGACUUCCACAGCGUCACAGCCCUCUACCCCGUGGGCUUCGAGGCCACCCGCAUCUACUGGAGCCUGCGCACCAACAACCGCCGCUGCUGCUACCGCUGCACCAUCUGCGAGAACAACGGGCGCCCUGAGUUCGUGGUGCAGGUCAUCGACCAGGGCCUGGAGGACCUGGUCUUCACCGACUCCUCGCCACAGGCCGUCUGGAACCGCAUCAUCGAGCCGGUGGCGGCCAUGAGGAAGGAGGCGGACAUGCUGCGGCUCUUCCCCGAGUACCUGAAAGGCGAGGAGCUCUUUGGCCUCACGGUGCACGCGGUGCUGCGCAUCGCCGAGUCCCUGCCUGGCGUGGAGAGCUGCCAGAACUACCUGUUCCGCUAUGGGCGCCACCCGCUGAUGGAGCUGCCGCUCAUGAUCAACCCCACCGGCUGCGCCCGCUCCGAGCCCAAGAUCCUCACCCACUACAAACGCACCAGCAUGUCCAAGGCCUACCAGAGCACCUUCACGGGCGAGACCAACACGCCCUACAGCAAGCAGUUCGUGCACUCCAAGUCCUCGCAGUACCGCCGCCUCAAGACCGAGUGGAAGAACAACGUGUACCUGGCGCGCUCCCGCAUCCAGGGGCUGGGGCUCUAUGCCGCCAAGGACCUGGAGAAGCACACCAUGGUCAUCGAGUACAUCGGCACCAUCAUCCGCAACGAGGUGGCCAACCGGCGCGAGAAGAUCUACGAGGAGCAGAACCGAGGAAUCUACAUGUUCCGCAUCAACAAUGAACACGUCAUCGACGCCACGCUGACGGGGGGCCCAGCCAGGUACAUUAACCACUCGUGCGCCCCGAACUGUGUGGCUGAGGUCGUGACCUUCGACAAGGAAGAUAAGAUUAUCAUCAUCUCCAGCCGCCGGAUUCCCAAAGGGGAGGAGCUGACCUACGACUACCAGUUUGACUUUGAAGACGAUCAGCAUAAGAUCCCCUGCCACUGCGGAGCCUGGAACUGCAGGAAAUGGAUGAACUAG